GUUAAUCAACUUCAGUGAUGAUGCCUCUGUUAUGUGAUACGGAGAAGGUCUAAAGAUGGAUAAACAGAAGAGCUCUGGUGAAGAGGACAGACCGGUCGAGCGAGGUUUGCUCUAUACGUGGAGGGGGUAUUCCUGCAGUGUGACCCCAGAGAGAGUGCUCUUGUCCCGGCCGGUGCUCCAUGCAGCCCUGGGCGCUCGACACGGAGUGCUGUUAGUGGAAGGUGGACAGGUGUAUAGCUUUGGGGAGUUACCAUGGAAACAGACACAGGCAUCUUCAGUGAUGUCAGAACCAGUCUUGGAGGCGGGAUUGAGUGGGCAGCGUGUUGUCUCCGUGGCAGCGGGUUACUUUCACAGCGGAGCGGUGACGGAAGAUGGGGGGGUGCACACGUGGGGGGACAACGCGUCGGGCCAGUGCGGCAUAUCGGGGCUCUCGAUGGUCCCUAACCCCACUCCCGUGGGAAUGCUGGACUCUGAGGCCAAGCCUCCCCAACCGGUGAGGAUCUUGGAGGUAGCCUGCGGGGAGCAGCACACGCUGGCUCUCUCUGCCCGGCACGAGGUGUGGGCCUGGGGCAGCGGCUGCCAACUGGGCCUUCUCACGUCCAGCUUUCCUGUGUGGAAGCCCCAGAGGGUGGAGCACCUGGUCGGGAGGCAUGUUCUCCAGGUGGCUUGUGGAGCAUCCCACAGUCUGGCGCUUGUGCGUUGCCUCCCUCCGCUUCAGGAACCUUGCCGGCACCCGCUGGACAAGUGUGGCCAAUGCAACCAGCUUCUCUACACCAUGACGGACAAAGAGGACCACGUCAUCAUCUCCGACAGCCAUUAUUGCCCCCUUGGUGUGGAGCUGGAUGAAACAGAGGCCAAAUCCUCAUCACGGUCCAGCUUGGUCCAGGGGUCUUUGGGGAAAGGGCUCAAGAGUUCCCCUUCUGAUCCCCUAUUAGCCAAUCUCAACCAGACGCCCAAAUCCGUCUCCAUCUCUACCUCUUCUUCUGGGGCCACCGCCGCUUUACCCUGUUCUUCUGGCCCUGCAGCUCCGGAUGAAGCUCUGUCCCCUGCCGCUGAACCUGUGGAAACCCUCUCUGAGGACGCGAAGGAAGCCAAAGCCCCGGGGGCCAAUGGGGAGGCGCCCGAGCCGGUCCCGGAGGCCGGCACCCCAAGGCCGGACAGCGGUAAGGGCUCAGGCGGUCCUCUGGUUGUUUCAGGAGGGAAAAACUCCCCCUAUCCGGACGAACAGGCUGUCAAGGACUACCUGAAACGCCUCUCUGAUAAUUCUCUGUCCGAACAGACGACCAAGCCUCCUGCUGCGGCACAGUGUACGCAGCCUACAAGUGAGUCCUCUGACGUUUUCGGUCCUGACCCCGCGACCCCUGCCGCUUUGCCGGUGACCCCCUUGGGGUCAACUCUGAAUAACUUGGUGGUGUCGUGUGCGUCGGCUGUUGGGGAACGGGUCGCAUCGACCUACGAGGCACUGUCCCUGAAAAAAGUCAUCAGCUACUGGGGUCCAGCGGAGGCCCGAGAGCGGCCGCAGGAGCGCGUGGUUCAGGAGGAGUCCAUGCAGGGCAAGAAGAGCUCCAGCCUGGGGGACAUCCGCGAGGAGGAGGCGGAGGAGCUGAGUCGCCGUCUGUCACUCCCGGGCUUGCUUUCACAGGUGUCCCCGAGGCUUCUGCGUAAGUCCAGUCGUACCCGUGUCCGGGCGGUGCCCCUCACUCCCGCUGGUGCUCUGGAGACUGACUCCCUGCUGCCCUCCCUGCAGACUGAGGUUUGGAGCUGGGGUCGAGGCCAGGAGGGUCAGCUAGGACACGGAGACCUCCUGCCCAGGCUGCAGCCUCUCUGUAUUAAAAGUCUGAGUGGUAAAGAAGUGCUGAGAGUUGCAGCAGGUGCUCAUCACUCUCUCGCCCUUACAGCCCAGUCACAGGUCUUCUCCUGGGGCAGUAACAGCUCUGGUCAACUUGGUCACAUGGAGUCCCCCAGCACUGUCCCACACCUAGCAAGGAUGUCUGAAGGCAUUCGUGUCUGGGAUGUGGGGGCAGGACAGCAACACACGCUGCUAUUGGCUGAUGGUGAUUGCUUCCAGCCAAUCCUGUACUACAGUGGACAGCAGGUGAAGGAGGGGUCACCGGAGACAGGUGGUUACACUCAGCAACCUGUUCUCCUGCCUUUCUGCAUGAAGCUGGGGUAUGUAAGCAGCGUGUUAGCAGGUGGACAGGCCUGUGCUGCUAUAGCAGACAGAAACGUGAUGGGCUUCAUCGCCAGUCUGCACGAGUUAGCCGCCGCUGAGAGGAAGUAUUACUGCAAACUCACUAGCAUUAAAAGCCUCAUACUGCAACCUCUACUCAAACUAGACUCUCUCAGCUUCUCCCUGGGCCAGUCCUCUGCUGGGCUUUUUCAGACUCUGAUUGGUCAGUUCAGCCGUCUGUCUCAGCUGACAGGCCAAAAUUCGGCUUCACUGACCUGUCUCCUCCGGCGCAAGCGUGACAUCAGAGGCGUGGUUAUCGUGGACAACGCCCACCUUUUCCUGGACACUUACUCUGAGUAUUGCUCAGCAGUGGGUAAUCUUCUAGUCAUGGGGGGUUUCCAAGCUCUUGUUAAACCCUGCCAGGACGUAUUUGGGAAAGGCUCAGAGGUGGUGCAGAAGUUGGCCGAGUGUUCUGAGGAGGGCAUGUCCGUGGCUGAAGCUCUGGCCUCUCUCUUCUACGUCCCCAUCGGCCACUUACACGAAUACGGUCGCUUGCUCCUCAAACUGGCCACCUGCUUUGAGGUGAGUUCAGCUGAUUAUCAGAAACUGCAGGACAGCUGCUCAAAAUUUGAGGCAUUGGUCCUUCAUCUCAAAAGGAAGAGGAAGGAGGCAGAGUAUACAUAUCACUUCUGGAAGAGCUUCCCUGGCAAAAUGACGGAUUCUUUGCGUAAACCAUCUCGACGGCUGGUGUGUGAGAGCAGCAACAAAGCUCUCACGCUGCAAAAUGCUGGAAGGUUCUCUGUCAACUGGUUCAUCCUCUUUAACGACGCACUGGUCCACGCACAGUUCUCUACUCAUCACGUCUUCCCGUUGGCCACACUGUGGGUCGAGCCUAUCUCAGAGGAAAACACUAGCGUAUACAGUUUGAAGGUGACCUCACCUGAAGAGACAUUCACUCUCCUGGCAUCCUCACCCAUGGAGAAGGCAAAAUGGCUGCGCUCUAUUAACCAAGCGGUGGAGCAGGCUCUGGCCGGUGUGGGGUCAGACAUGACACCUCCCACUUCGGGGGCGGUGCAACGAGCAGACCCGCCCAUCUCUCGGACAGCCUCCUACACGUUCUACAAAGACAGCCGGUUUAAAGAGGCCACAUACGAGGGGCGCUGGCUAGCAGGCAAACCCCACGGCAGGGGUGCGAUCAGGUGGCCCGACGGACGAACAUAUACUGGAACGUUCAAGAAUGGACUGGAGGAUGGUUUUGGAGAUUACAUCGUUCCCAAUAAGAGUCUGAAUAAAACCGAUCAUUACCAGGGCUACUGGAAAGAGGGAAAGAUGCACGGCUUUGGAAUAUACAGAUAUGCCACAGGUGAGAUGUAUGAAGGCUCCUUCCAGGACAACAUGCGUCACGGACACGGAAUGCUACGCAGCGGAAAGCUCAACUCCUCCUCCCCCAGCGUCUUCAUCGGCCAAUGGCUGCACGACAAGAAAACGGGCUACGGUGUCUUCGACGACAUCACCAGAGGGGAAAAGUACAUGGGACUGUGGCAGGAUGAUCAGCGCCAGGGUAACGGUGUGGUCGUCACUCAGUUUGGUCUUUAUUACGAGGGAGUUUUCAACAACAACAGGAUGAUGGGCACUGGAGUUUUGCUUUCUGAAGACGACACUACAUUUGAAGGCGAGUUCUCUGAGGACUGGACCCUCAACGGGAAGGGCACACUGACCAUGCCUAACGGGGAUUAUAUUGAGGGAUCCUUCAGUGGGGUGUGGGGCACAGGACUGAAGAUCUCAGGGUCCUACUACAAGCCCAACCUCUUUGACUCAGACAAGGACAAGGGUCGUGUGUACAGUAAGCUUGGUCGCUUGGCGGUUCAUUCAGAGGAGAAGUGGAAGGCUGUGUUUGAGGAGUGCUGGAGCACACUGGGCUGUGAAACUGCUGGACAGGGAGAUACGACCAGAGCCUGGGAGAACAUUGCUAUAGCUUUAACCACCAGCAGGAGAGAGCACAGAGACAGUCCAGAGUUGCUGAGUCGCUCUCAUCAUAAAACUCUUGAGAGCCUGGAGUUCAUCCCUCAGCACGUGGGCCCCGUUACCAUGGAGAAGUACGACAGUAUCCGCUGCUACCUCAUCAAGGCGUGUGACACACCGCUCCACCCUCUGGGACGUCUGGUGGAGGCGCUGGUUGCGGUGUACCGGAUGACCUACGUGGGUGUGGGAGCGAACCGCCGGCUUCUCCCUCAGGCUGUGAACGAGAUCAAAUCCUACCUUAACCGCAUCUUCCAGCUCGUCAGGUUCCUGUUUCCUGAUCUCCCUGAGGAGGGUGGACCGAUCGCCGAGUCCCCUGAGAUCCAACAAAAGAAAGACUCUGACUCUACUGACUCCCAGCUGGAGUCUCCCAAGCCUGGGCGUGUAGUGAGCAGCUCCGCUCUCCUGCUGCCGGUGCUGCUCCCUCGUCUCUACCCUCCUCUGUUUACGCUGUACGCCCUGGAGAAGGAGAAGGAGGAGGACGUGUACUGGGAGUGUGUCUUACGGCUCAACAAACAGCCCGACCUCGCGCUGCUGGCCUUCCUCGGAGUCCAAGAGAAGUUUUGGCCGGUCUCCAUUACACUACAUGGAGAGAAACAACAGGUUCUCUCCAGCACAAAGGAUGCCUGUUUUGCCUCAGCAGUGGAAACCCUGCAGCAAAUUAGCACAACGUUCACGCCUUCCGACAAGCUGCAGGUAAUUCAGCUGACCUUUGAGGAGAUAACCCAGGAAGUGCUUGCCCUGCUCAAAGAGGACUUCCUGUGGUCCAUGGAUGACCUGUUUCCUGUCUUCCUCUAUGUGGUGCUUCGUGCUCGGAUAAGGAAUCUGGGGUCUGAGGUGAACCUCAUAGAGGAUCUAAUGGACCCGUGUGUACAGCAUGGAGAACAUGGCAUCAUGUUCACCACUCUGAAAGCUUGCUACUAUCAGAUCCAGCAUGAGAAGAUCACAUAAGAGACGGAUGCGCUCCCGUGAACCAAUCAGAGGGCGAGGACGAAAGACGGACAGACAAGCGAGCCAACCACAGGCCUCUGGAGCCUCAGGCUGAUGCAGAGGUGACCUAGCAAAUCACCUGCAGUGCCUGGACCACACUUUUGUUAAGCUCAAGGGACUAUUUCCUGAAAGACGGAUCCUUUUAUUCAAUGCAAGUUCUCAAAUCGACCAGAACUCCACCUGUUUUCUCACACUACGCUGACUAAUCCAGCGCUCCCGUCCACCCGAACCGCGCCUCGGUUUUCAAUUUUCUGUGGCAUCUCCAUUUAGGCAGAUUAUUCUUUUAUCUUCUGCGCUGCGGAGAUUGAAAUUGGGGGUCGAGGCAUUUACCUCUCCUUGUCCCAGAACUCUGCGAAUUUGCCUCUGCCUGACAAUUCAUUCCUUCCUAGAAUAUUUCCCCCUUGAUCAUGAUGACCUGAGUGAAUAGCAGCUUCACUGACUGUUUAAAAAAAAAAAGAAAGAAAGAAAGAAAGAGAAAAAAGAGAAAGCGCUGCUACAGUUUUGUCUCUCUGCACAUACCUCUUUGAUUGUGACUGUGAACUACAGUGUUGGAUUUAUAUUGAAAUCCCCUGUUACUGCCUCACCAUGAAGGAACCUGCUCUUAGAGCGUUCUGGAAUGAGGCGUUGUGAUGUCACGACUGCCCGUCCUUUGAUGAUGUCACAGUGUUUCUCAAUCGACUGUUGUUCUCACACAAAACAGGUCCAAGUAAUUCACAUCAGCUGUGGACUAAUUGACAUGGCCACUCACAGACCGGAUUAGCUAUUACCACGUGUCUCUGAACUUCCGUGUUCCUAGCAAUUGUUGCAAGCCGCAGGCAUGACUACAGUAAAUACUGGACACUGAUGACUUUAUGAUAACUUUACGAUACAGAGAUGAUGGAGUGCUCUUACGUCCACCCAAAAGGUUACAAACGGUUUAAACUUCUUAAACAACAGUGUUUGAUUGCCCAUAAGUAUUGAAGUACACAAUGUCUGUAAGCACCAUACUGCCCAGAACGAUUCCCAACACACACACACACACACACACACAGAGAGAGACACACACAGCCACACUCGGUUAUGUGCACAAAAGCCAACCUCAGACUGUUACUAAAGUGAAGCACACACACCUGUUCUCUCUGAAGUAAGGGGAAGCAAAGCAGAAGCUUCAAACAGGAAUUUAGUCGUUUCAUUCAUAAUUUUUUUCCUAUCACUGACAUUGGUUUUUGUUGCAUUAUUAAGUGUGAGUAGAACUGAUGGUCUCACAAGCCACCAUAGCUGUGUGUGUGCCUGUGUGUGUGUGUUUUUCUACUGUUGUUUACUGUUUAAAAGACACUUUGAAACAUACCAUAGGCCUGAAAUGAUCUCAGAUCAUUCUUAAAGUUUGUUUUCAUUGCCACAUAAGUGUUGCAUUAUGAGAAGAAAACAUCUCUGAAGUUCUCUAUACACAAUGAUAGUGUGCUGCUGGUUUGUUUGUUUGAUUGUUUGUUUGUUUGUUGGUUGGUUAAUUUGUUUUUGGGGUUUUUUUUGU